CGAUAUCAUAUACCCCCACAAAAAUUCUCUCUCUCCCUAAAUUCAAUUCAAAUCCAUUAUUUUCCAUUCAUGGAGACCUUGUUCAUAUCCCACGGCUCUCCGACCCUCUGCAUCGACGACGGCAUCCCAGCUCGCCGCUUCUUGAAAUCGUGGAGGGACAAGGGGGUCAUUUCCGAGGUUCCCAGGGCUAUUCUCGUCAUCUCAGGACAUUAUGACACCUCCGUCCCCACCAUCAACGUCGUCGACGGCGUCAACGAUACCAUCUACGACUUUUACGGCUUCCCUAGAGCCAUGUACAAGCUCAAGUAUCCUGCACCAGGAGCACCCGAUCUAGCCAAGAAGGUAAAGCAACUCCUGGAUAACGCAGGCUUCGGCAAGGUGAAAGAAGAGGAGAACAGAGGCCUCGACCACGGUGCGUGGGUCCCGCUCAUGCUCAUGUACCCGGAGGCUAACAUUCCGGUGUGUCAGCUCUCGGUCCAGAGCCGGAGGGACGGCACGUACCAUUAUAACAUGGGAAAGGCAUUGGCUCCCCUUAGGGAGGAAGGAGUACUUAUAAUGGGGUCUGGAAAUGCUACUCAUAAUUUGAGGGCCAUCGGGCCUGAUGGUGGCCCUAUUGCGACUUGGGCCCUCGAUUUCGAUACCUGGCUGAAGGAAUCGCUUCUCAACGGAAGGUACGAGGAUGUGAAUCAUUAUGAAGAGAAAGGUCCUUGUGGGAAAAUGGCACAUCCAUGGCCAGACCAUUUCUACCCUCUGCAUGUAGCUAUGGGGGCAGCCGGUGACGAGGCGAAGGCUGAACUGAUCCAUCACAGUUGGACCAACUGCACCAUUUCUUACGCAUCUUAUAAGUUCACAACUCAAAACUGAAGACAAAUACGCUUCGACCAUCUUUGAUGAACUUCCAUAUAUUGUGAAAUUGCUCUUGUUUAUGUACGCCAUGCUUCAUUAGAUUUUAUGAUGGACUCUUUGAAGUAAUCAGUGUUGUUAAAAUAAAGAUGCAGGCCUUUGUUAACGUAACCUGUGUUUUCUGAUGUAAC